GGGUGCGCGUCACACGCGGAAGCGGCCGCUGCGCGCCGGCGGUGUCGGGCGGGUGCGCGGGGCUGGGGCGGCGGGGGGCGAGCGAGCGCGGCCGGGCCGGGCCGGGCCCCGCCAUGGCGGCCGAGGGGAAGGUGACGGGGCAGAGCCAGGAGCAGUUCCUGCUGCUGGCCAAGGCAGCCCGCGGCGCCGCGCUCGCCAGCCUGAUCCACCAGGUGCUGGAGGCCCCGGGCAUCUACGUGUUCGGGGAGCUGCUGGACAUGCCCGCCGUCCGCGAGCUGGCCGACAGCGAGUUCUCCCCCGUGUUCCGCCUCCUCACCAUCUUCGCCUACGGCACCUACGCGGACUACCUGGCUGAAGCAGCAAACCUCCCUCCCUUGACAGAGGCCCAGAAGAACAAAUUGAGGCACCUGUCAGUCGUCACCCUGGCUGCCAAGAUCAAGUGCAUCCCCUACUCAGUGCUGUUGGAGCAGUUACAGCUAAAGAAUGUCCGGCAGCUGGAGGACCUGGUGAUUGAGGCCGUGUAUGCAGAUGUGCUGCGAGGGAGCUUGGAUCAACGGAACCAGCGCCUGGAGGUGGAUUACAGCAUUGGGAGGGACAUCCGGAGGGAGGAGCUUAGCACCAUCACCCGCACAUUGCAGGAGUGGUGCCAGGGCUGCGAGGUUGUCCUGUCGGGCAUCGAAGAGCAGGUCAGCCGCGCCAACCAGCACAAGGAGCAGCAGCUGGCCCUGAAGCAGCAGAUCGAGAGCGAGGUGGCAAACCUGAAGAAGACCAUUAAAGUGACAACAGCAGCCGCUGCGGCAGCCACGUCCCAAGACCCAGAGCAGCACCUCACAGAGCUCCGGGAGCCAGCCCCUGGCACCAACCAGCGCCAGGCGAGCAAGAAAACCUCCAAAGCCAAAGGGCUCCGGGGCAGCGCGAAGAUUUGGUCUAAAUCAAACUAGCUGGAUCUCCCUUCACAACUGGGAGGGUGAGACGAAGAGAUUCGGGUGAUGGAGGGGUAGCAGGGGUCCCAAGUGUGAUGCUUCUGAGCUCUUCUCUGAGAUCCAUCUUGCCAGCUAACUCUUCUGCAUGUUUGUUCUUUUUCCUUUCUUCUUUACUGACGUUCCAGGCAGUGUCUCCCUCCUUCUCAUCACAGCAUUUCACACUCUGAGCUUCAGGUUGUACACGUUGCUGUUUCCCCAGCCGCUCGAGCCCCCAUCGCCACGGCCACGUGUUUCUCUCUUUCUCUCUCCCUGUCUUUUGACAGGUCAAUGUCGGGGGCCAUAAAGGUGUGACAGUCACCUUGGCACCCGCAGGGCAUCACAGAAGCUUGGAAAGAGGGUGCUGGUGCUCAGCAGUCCUUUCGGCUCUAUGAGACCCCUGGGAUACUUUGCUCCAGGACUCCGUCUUUGAUUGUUUAAUCUUUGUUUUGCUAGGUGGGAGGGUAGUUUUUGAAGGGAUUCUUUUAAAAAAUAUAUAAAUAUAUUAUAAAUAUAUAUAAAACAAUAAAAAGAUAUAGAUCUAUGGACAUAUCUAUACAAACCUGUGCUCCUGUGGGUGGCAUGUCUUUGCCUCGUAUGCCGAUUCUGGAGGUUCCAAAAUAAGCUGUGAUAUCGAGAGCUUCUGUUCCAUUUUGGAGUGGAAUAUCCUCAGAGUACUAGGUUCCCUUUUCAAAGGUAAUGCCACAGUAUCUCUAUUGGGAUAAGAGUCCAUAAAACAGAAAUUUAUCAUAAAUCUUAUUUAAAAUGUUUCUUGUGUGGUUGAUUUGCCUCUAGGCCCUUCAAAAAGUGAUUUUCAGGUAGUCUCAGAGGAAGGUGCAGAGACUGAGGAAAAGGUCCUAAUUUGUGUCGAUGCUGUGUGUCCUGUGAUCCUGGACAGAAUGGAAGGUAAUGUGGGGACUUGCCUGACAGGUGAAGGUAGCAGAGUCAAUGCCCACAUGUGUGAGUUCUCACAGGAUAGAUGCUGCACAGGCUGUUCUCGGGUGGUGGUGGUGUCUGGUUGGAAAAAAAAGAAUCCAAAUCAGUCAAAGUGACUCCUGUGAGAUGCCCAGGAAAAAAAACUAACUCAGAUUCUUCAAAGGAUGCCUCCUCAAGGCUGGCUUGGAGCCGAGUCAGACGGAUGUCAGUGUCACACUGCCUCUCCACGACGUGUAGCUGAUGUAAAUGUAAAUUGACACCGUGACUCCCACCCCCGCUUGGUUCUGCGCCUUGUGCCAAGACUAAAAUUUGAUUCCCUGAA